UCAUAAGUGACUGGACUGAGAAAGGAUCUCUUUCUCUUGAGUGACACACUUAUCCUUUGAAAAUGUAUUCUUCGCUGUCCUGGCAGAUCCAGUGCUCAGUAUGUCUGGGUGAUUACACCGAUCCAGUGAUGCUGUCCUGCGAGCACUCUUUUUGUCGCCAAUGCAUCACCGGACACAUGAACAGCAGCCUGGACCCAAACCUCUGCCCUGAGUGUCGCAGACCUUACACUGAGAGAGAUCUGCGCUCCAGCCGACUUCUGAGAAACAUGGUGGGUGUCGUGAGACAACAUCUUACAGCACAAGAGCAGAUGGAAUCCUCACCCACACAAGCACCGCAAGCCCUGAGUGACACCCUGGUUUGCACCGAACACGACGAGAAGCUGAAGCUCUUCUGUGAAACAGACCAGAAACUUCUGUGUGUCGUGUGCCGUGAUGGAGACAAACACAGAGGUCACCAGUUUAAACCUGUAAAAGAGGCUGCUCAGAUAAUCAAGGGGAUAGUAAAGGGUGCUGUUGGAUUCCUCGUCAAGGAGAACGAACAGCUUAACGUUAUGACCCAGAAACAUACAACUGAGAUCACUAAGACCCAGAUGAGGUCCAAAGAGCUAUCAGCCCAGAUAUCUGCUCAGUUUAAAGAGAUGCACCACUUCCUAAAAAAGAAAGAAGAGGAAGUAAAAAAGCAGUUGGAGGCUAAAGAGCAGGAUGCCAUCACAAUCCUGUCCAAAAACACAUCCGUCAUCAAAGAAAGUCUGAUGGAGGCAAAAGAAUUAGAGUGUAAUUUUCAGACUGCUUUGGAAAUGAAUCAGCCUGACUUAUUUUUACAGUGGUGGAAUGAAAAAGGAUUUCCGAUUACAGAAAGAAUGAAAACAAAAAAUAACGUGACUCCAGAUACCAAGUACGAGUCACGGGUAAAAGGUCUUAAUGUGAUACCACACUCCUUUUUCCUCGGCCCUUACGAGACUCAUCUGCAGUUCUUUGUAUGGAAAGCCAUGUUGGGAGCUGUCAAGCCAGUUCCAGAGCUCUUAAGCAUAAAGGAUCCUGGAGACUCGUACCUGAAAGUAUCACCAGGAAGAACAAGUGUUCGCCAGGCAGACAGACAAUCCAAUUUGUACAAGGACUACAAUCCAGGUGUCAUCUCUGAAGAGAGCUUCCAGUCUGGCAAGCACUACUGGGAGAUAGAAGUUGGGGACAAGUUUGACUGGAGUAUAGGGGUGAAGACAGAGGUGGGAAAAAAAUCCAAAAAUUCAGUAACAUCAAAAGAUCCUAAAGAUGUAUAUUUCGAGCUUAUAAAUGGCAAAGGAUAUAUGCUCAGCACGAAUGAUGAACAGAUUCCCAUUGAGGUCAAGAGAAAGCCCAGGAAAAUAGGGCUCUAUCUGGACUGUGAUAGAAAGCAGAUCUAUUUCUACGAUGCAGACUUCAUGACUGAGAUUUUCAUAACCAGCUACAGUUCUGCCCUGCCCAUCUCUAUUAGCCUUUUCCCAGGAGUUUACCUGGAGGAAACAAACAUAGACCCAGUCACAGUAUGUUCGUAUGGAUUAAAAUCAUUAAUGGAUUAACAUUUAAGAUGUCUUUGAGAGCCACAUCUUGAAUGACCUAAUGAGGUAAAUAUUCUCAGGUUUUAGGCAAGGCUGAUGUAUGAUUCAUCGUAUUGACAAAAGAGGACAAAAGGGGACAUAACAGAAAUCUGAGGACAAUGAUGACACCUGCAUGUAUUGAAAUGCAAAAUAAUUCUCUUUUCCUUGAGAAGCCUAUUAGCAAGCUGAGGAAUAUUAAUGAGAUUUGGAGGGCUGCCUCAUAUUAAUGACUACUGGGACACACACACACACACACACACACACACACACACACAUGCACACACACACACACAUAUACACACACACACACUGGUUAGAUAAAUAGACAGAUAUGUAAAUAUAUACAUAUAUAGGCAUCACUUAGGAUGCACAUCAUAGACAAUUUGCAAUGACACUAAAAUCAUAAGAUCUAAAACCUUGUUGUAAUGAAAAACCUUGAGUUCUUCAGUUGUUCCUGUGAGGAACCUUUAAUAUUUUAUGUAAAUAGUGUUAUUCUAGGGGGGCACGGAGGCUUAGUGGUUAGCACGUUCGCCUCACACCUCCAGGGUUGGGGGUUCGAUUCCCGCCUCCGCCUUGUGUGUGUGGAGUUUGCAUGUUUCCCCGUGCCUCGGGGGUUUCCUCCGGGUACUCCGGUUUCCUCCCCCGGUCCAAAGACAUGCAUGGUAGGUUGAUUGGCAUCUCUGGAAAAUUGUCCCUAGUGUGUGAUUGCGUGAGUGAAUGAGUGUGUGUGUGCCGUGCGAUGGGUUGGCACUCCGUCCAGGGUGUAUCCUGCCUUGAUGCCCGAUGACGCCUGAGAUAGGCACAGGCUCCCCAUGACCCGAGGUAGUUCAGAUAAGCGGUAGAAAAUGAGUGAGUGAGUGAGUGAGUGAGUGUUAUUCUAUCAAAAAGAGUCUCCAAGCAUCCUUACUUAUUCAAAGAUGGCUGAAUGCUUUAUGCUAGAUCAGAACAUUACCCAGUGUAAAAGCCUGUUAACUGAAGUGACAUGGGUACUUUUCUUACAUAAACUUUACAUAAAAAUAACUUAAUUUAACUAAGUCUAAACCAUAAGAUAUUUUUUCACUCUUAAAGACAAACUCUUGCUCUUUCUCUGUAGAUAUCAGAGUAGACAGAAAUAAGAUCGAUGCUUAUGUCUAAAGCUGUGACUGCAUUUGUUUUUCAGCCUGAUCGAACCCUGCGUCAUCUUUAGUUACACCGGCUUUCUAUUAAUGUGUACCUUGUUUUUAUUAUUUUGCAGUUUGACAAGGUUUCUGUUUUUUGGUUAAGUAUU